AUGGUUUGGUUUGAUUAUUUACUGAUCGGUGUCGUUGGAGCCACAAUUAUUUGGUUCGUGAAAGAUCGCAAAGAAGCCGAUAAACUUAACGGCGUUCAUCACUACAGUGGAUUUAACAAAAAUAAGGAAGAAUCUGAGAAAGAAUCGUACACUAGUUCGGCGGACUCUGCAGUUGUGUUAGACAAACAUUUCGAACAUUUCGAUAAUCUCGAAAUUAACGACGAGCUCGCGGUGAGUGGAAAUGGUAGUCUACGUGACAACAAAGAUUGCAAUAAUGCAAUUCUAAACGGAAUCGACGCUGAAACGAAGGUGGGCGAUUGCCAUUACAACAGUUCUGUUACAGACGACGACGACCAUGAAAUCCGCGAUUACGAUUUGCUACUGGCUGACGAGAUUUUUAGUUCUAGUGAUUGUCAAAGUCUAUGUUCUGACAAUUCUCUCGAUGACAUUAAGUUUGUGGAAGACUAUUCUGAUAAUGGUAGCGUUAUCAAUGUGACAAUAGAUUCUCAUAUUUACAACCCAGAUUUCAUUGAACCAAAUGAAUAG